AUGCCAGCUCCAGCGUAUCUCCGGUUCCCUGCCCCGAAGCCCGGAUUCGGCAUCCCUGUCGCCGCUGCUUGUCCCUUCACUCAAAAAGAGGGGGGAGAUGGGUGCGCCACCCAAGGAAAGGCGCACCUUGUUGCGGGCACAACGGGAUUUUCCCAAUGCGUGGUAACUGGAUUACCGCAUUGCGGGGUUGGUUUUCGCGGCCGGCCGAGGAAAUUAGACCGUAACGAUAUGCGCCUUUGGGCAGCAGGGAUAUCGAGUCUCUUAAUUCUUGCGAGGGCAGCGGUCCGGAAAGCCUCCAUGUGUCAGCUUCCUCGUGUGGCUGAAAUUCAAGCGUGGGUGAACGAGGUGAUUUCGAACUAUCGUACGGACGACAGGACGUCAAAAGAUGGCGACACAGGAAGAACUGACGUUGUGUGACAAUAAUCGUGUGCAAAAUUUCCAAAGAAUUUGAAGUGUUCGUCGCAAUGGUGAGCUGGUUUUGAGAAGAUCCGUGACAAAGAUUAAGAAUUUGUUGUUUUCUUUUACUUUGUUGUACUGACUUAUCUCUUGAUUAUAUCGUGUUGGGAUAAUUUGGAAGAAAGUAUGACUCUAUUUCGUGGUUUCAUUUGAAUGUCAAAAAGGACUCUCGUUGGGUAUUAAACAAAUCGUUUUGAUUUCAUUCACUAUCAAAUUCAAUUCCUUGCUUAAAGAUGAUAUUUUCAACUUUCUACAUGUUUCGAUCUAGUUCUGAAAGACCGGAAUCGAAUUGAGUUAAUUUUCGCUUUGUAUUGUAUGUGUCGUCGCGCAGUUUUGAUUUCGGGCUGCAUGAAAUCAGCGAUAUUUGUUUAGUCCGAAGUCGUUGUGGUGAUUUUGGAUAAGAAGUACAAGUGUUCAGAGCGGCCUGAUGAUUUUUUUUUAAUUAUCGGAAUGUGAUGAAUGAUUGUUGUGGAAUGCGUCGAUUCCCAAAUCUGAGCAUUUAUUCCGGAAUUAAAUCCACAGGGUCCAAAAAA